AUGAUUCUUGUAAAAACAAUGUUGGGGGCAGCUGUUUCUGUGACGAAUACUGUACAGAAGCCGAGGAUUGCUGUUCGGACUACACUUCCGUAUGCCGGGGUUGAAUCUGGCGGCUGUAAACCUUUAGACUGCAGGUUUGAUAUUAAUGGUGAUGCAUGCGGCUACUUCCAGAUCCAUUACGCAUAUUACAUUGACUGUCACAAACCGAAACCAGGCUGGGAAAAGUGUUCCAAAGACUACAACUGUGCCUCAAGAUGUGUUCGAGCUUACAUGGCCAGAUACAAGAACCUGAGCUACGCAGGAACCAAUUGUGAAAGUUACGCUCGUCUCCAUAACGGAGGUCCAAGUGGUGCAAACAAACAAAUAACCAGCCCACCAAUCUAUGACUCAACCACGCCUUACUGGAAGAAGGUGAAGGCUCAAGGAUGUUCGAUAAACUCUUAA